AUGACAGAGGAAAAGAAGUCAGUUCAUCAAAGUCUCUUUCUCCAGGGAUCCUUCACUCUCCUCAUCGCGCUCUGUCUCCAGGAAAUCCGGGGCAUCAUCGUUGGACUCUACUUUGUCAUCUUCAAGUCAAAAGAUGUCAAAAACUCGACAAAGCUAGAAAACGCCACCCAAAUAGUGGCUGAAAUCUGGAAUGCUUCAGCAACGGCAGUUCUCGUCUUCUUUGUCUUGCCAAAUUUGAUUUUCUACAAACUUGGGUAUAUUUUCCUACAUUCUGUUGGGAUUCUUCUGUUGACUUCUUGCAUCACAAAAUGGCGUCAAACAGGAAUGAAGAUGUCUUGCUUGCUGGAUAUUAUCGGCUUUGCGUUUAUUCUCGGAGGAAUAUCGCUCUUUCUGCUUGAAUAUCUCCUCGAUAAUGAUUUCCAGUUUGCAAUCAACAAGGACUACUCAAAAAUACUCUCCAUUGUGGCCGUGUUGACCGUCAAUCUGAACCUGAUUCGCAACUAUUCCCAGCUCGAGCCGCUCAGAAAAGACGAAGGACUCGCUUGGGUUCACCUCCUCGCCCCGUUUUUUCGAGUCGGAGCGAAUGUUGGCAUCUUUUAUCUGUUUAUUUUCUCGGCUUUUGAUUCAAGCGCUAUUUUGAAAAAUCAAUAUGAGAAUAUGAUCGAGUUCACGAGUGCCGGUCUCGGAAGUCUUUUGUCGACGGAUUCUGCUUAUGUUAAUUGGGUAACAACAUGUGGUGUAACUGCUGCCUUGACGUCGUUUUUAUUGAGUUACAUUGUGGUUUCUGUGAUCCGAACGAAGCUUCAACUUUAUGCCUUUGUGAUUCCAGGUUGCUUACUUUUACUUGGUAUGCCAAUGUUUUUGCAAUUCGGCGUACCUGCCAUCUACACAGAUCCGUCCGAAAUUCUCUACAUCUUCAGCACAGGAAACGACGACUGGUUUGAGUAUUUCCAUCUCGGGCAAUAUGGCUGCGGAUGCAUUGCAUUCAUAAUCUGCGUCCGACACAUUUUCUUCGACAAAAGCUAUCCUUAUGGCCUCGAGCGGAUGCUUUUCGACAGUCCCCUCUACCGACCGGUUUGGACACUGCAGUCCCUUUUCCUUCACCGUCGCCGGCACGAUAUUUCUUCCUUCAAUCUUGGAGACAUGGAGGACGACGGGUUGAAGAAAACAGAGAGUGAGACGGUCCCGAUGAUAUUUAUCUGCACAACUCUUUGGCACGAGGAAGAAAAUGAAAUGAGAACACUGUUGACUUCUAUUUUAAAUUUGAUCGAAUACGUCCAUGACAGAGAAAAUGACAAAGAAAUUCCUAAAAAUGAAAAAUUCAAUCUUGAAGUAAAUAUCUUUUUCGACAAUGUUUUCGAAUCGCACAAUAGCAAGAAAAACCCGCGACUUAUCCGGCCUUCCUGGCUUCCAAGUUCAAUUGAUGAAUGGCAAACGCUGAAUAAGUGGGUUUAUUCUUUCGGAAAGAUUCUAGCCGAGCUGCUGCAGAAUCACAAUGGCUGCGAGCAAGUUAUUCAAAAGGGAAGGACAGUGAUUACUCCUUAUGGUGGCCGGCUGGAGUAUGAUAUCUUGGGAAUCAAGUUUCAUGUGCAUUUGAAAAACGCGGACCGAGUUCAGCGAGGAAAACGAUGGAGCAUGGUCAUGUACCUUUAUUACCUGAUUGGUUACAAAAUUGAUCAGUGCAAGAUGCGAGUUGGACCGAAUGAUGAUCAAGUGACAAAGGAGAAUUCGUUUAUUCUAGCGCUCGAUGGUGAUGUUCACUUUAGACCAGAAGCGGUUGAAUUAGUUUUGCAGAGAAUGAAAAGAAAUAGAACUGUGGGAGCAUGCUGCAAUCAAAUUCACCCACAAGGACAGGGAGUGUUGGUUUGGUAUCAACGAUUCGAAUACGCCGUUGGUCAUUGGCUCCAAAAAGCAACUGAACAUGUUCUCGGCUGUGUUCUUUGCUCCCCGGGUUGUUUUUCGAUGAUGCGGAUGAGUUUUCUCAGCGCCGACAAUGUGAUGGCUCUCUACAAAUCUAUCGCGACGAACCCGAUGGAAAAACUGAUGUACGACCAAGGAGAAGAUCGCUGGCUCUGUACACUCAUCCUUCUUGCUGGCGGAAGAAUCGAAUUUGAAUCAGCUGCUCAUUGUUUGACCUACGCCCCUGAGGAUUUCGAAACUUAUUACAAGCAGAGAAGGAGAUGGGGUCCCAGCACAACUGCGAACAUUUGGGAACUGAUAAAGAAUAAGGAUCAGGCGGUGAAAAACAAUGCAUAUAUUUCUAGAGGAUACAUUGCUUAUCAGUUCUUUUUGCUGAUAUUCAGUGUCGUUGGAUUAUCAACAACAGUGAUGAUGGUUGCUGAAGCCUUCAACAUGGCAGUUGGAGAUUCCCUUUCAACCGUCUGGUCAUACACUCUCAUUGUCGGUCCGAUUGUUCUCUACGCAAUUCUUUGCCGUUUCUACAAAAAUUCUGACGUCCAACUAUCCCUGGCAAAGGUCUUCAGUCUUAUUUACUCGUUCAUCAUGGCGUUGGUCCUGAUUUUCAUCAUCAAAAUCGGCGUCGACUGCUGGAUAAACCCAACAUUUCUGUUCUUCAUCGGAAUGGCAAUUUUGCACAUGGUCGUUGGAAUCCUCCAUUUCGAUCCAAUCACGCUUCUCUGUGGGGUCAUUUACUAUCUUCUCAUUCCAACCUGCUUUAUUUUUCUUCAAAUCUACAUGAUUGCUAAUUUGAACGAUGUUUCUUGGGGAACUCGCUCCGGGCCGAAACAGGCUCCGGCGAAGAAUCCUCAAGAAUCAGCGAUGGGACUCUUUCAGCGAGCCAAAAAAGUCCUCUGUGGAAUAGAACCCGAAAAGAUACAAAAAGAAAAUGAGGAGACGAAGAAGCCUGAUGAGCCAGUUUCCCAGCCUUAUCGCCCUGUCAUUGUGGAAACGAAAGAAACACUCGAAUCUUUCACAAACCUCCGAAUCCAAGGACCAGUUCUUUACGGCGGAAUCUCAAUUCGAAACUUCAGACGACAAAUCGGAAACAGAAAGAAAUCAGAUUGGGACUCAAACGACUGGAACUAUUUUGCCCAGAAUCUUUCAAAGGUCACGAGUGAAAAUCAGCUAGAAUGUGAAAUUAUCGGCGAUUCAAGAGUAAAUAUUUCGAGAAGAGAAUUGAAUUUGAUGAAAGAAUACAACUUGAAGUAUUUCGACUGGACGUUGGAUCGAAAAGCGCCGCUCCACAGAGAGUCAAAAAUCUUCACCCUCUCAAAAAGCGAGCACGAUUUUUGGAUGAAAAUGAUUGACAGCCGUACUGGCUACAUUCGAAAUCAGACCAAAGCUGAAGAUGCCGAAACACAAGCCCGCAUUGCUGAGGAAAAUGCUGCAGCUCUUACUGAACUUCGCGACAAAUUAUACUUCUUCUUCCUUUUCAUCAAUCUUCUUUGGUUCAUCAUUUCGGUCGGGGUCAAACAAGCUGAUUUGAAAAUUUCGAUUCCAGAGCAGUACAUUCCUGGAGGAACUUGCGGGAAAGACGCGGAAGAAGGAGCGGAUAAAAAUGACCAAAUCGAGCCACUUUCUCUCUUUUUUCUUCUUUUCUAUGUUGUGGUCAUGACGAUUCAGUUUCUGACUAUGCUUUGGCAUCGAGUAUCGACUUUUCAGCACUAUCUUGCUUAUCUUAGAGUCCGGGAUCUUUGGAGCGAAAUAAAGAAGACAAAGCAAAAGCGCUCCGAAAAGUCCUCCCGUCCUCCGCCAGAAAAAUUCUCGACAGUUUUCAACCAGGAUUCUUUCGUCAGCCAUAAAGAGCGAAGAUACAUAAAACAUCUUUGGCACAAAGCAAUCAAAGCGGCGAAUAACAAGACUGAAAGAAGAAGAUCGACCCAGUUGGAAACUUUGGUUGGGUUCAUCCGAUCGUCGAAGGCGCAAAAGAUGCCGUCGCCAGUUCUAGAAGAGAGCACAGAAUCAACGGAUACAAGGACGAGCACGCCAGUAUUUGAUGGACAACCUAGAACAGCAGUUUUAAAAGAACCCGAAGUCAUUCCGGACAUAAUGGAAUCUUCCGAAGAGAGCGCCUCUUCAUCUUCCGAAUCUGAAAACGAAAUUGACGAAGUAAGCAUGUCCAAUAUUCAAAUCCCUCGACCAGAAGUGAUCCGAACAUCUGAUGACGACUCAUCUUCUAUUGGAAGUCUCGGGCGCCAUAUUGGAACCCUCCGAAGAAUGAGCGUUACUCAUCACAUCCGAGAUACUGUCGACGCGGUCAGAAGAAAGUUUACUUUUAAAAAAUCAAGUUCGAAUAAAUAUUUUACAUAA